CCUGCCGGCGCUGUUGUGGAUCCGGGGCAGGCGUAGCAUGGAGCCGGCGGCCGAGGGCGAUGCAGAGAUGCUGGGGACAGCCGACCCGGAGCUGGCGUCCACCAUGGGCUUCUCCGGCUUCGGGAAGAAGGCUCGGACUUUCGACCUCGAAGCCAUGUUUGAGCAAACGAGAAGAACUGCAGUGGAGAGGAGCAGGAAAGUCUUGGAGGCCCGUGAAAGAGAAAAAGAAGACCAGACUGAAAAGGAGUUUAGAAUUCCAUAUGCUGCCUCAUCAGUUUCAGCAUCCAGGGCAACAAGACCUGGGUCCACAUUAACUGAAAGAGAGUCAGUGUGCAGUGAAAGUGAGGACACCUCAAAUGAGGCGUUAAGUGGUCCUUCUAUGCAAUCCCAGAGUUCUGCUAAAGGUCCAGCUGAGGAUAGUGAUAAUGAUGAUGAUGAUGAUGAUGAUGAAGAUGAUGAUGAAGAAUUCAUCGGGCCACCACUUCCCCCUGGGUUCAAGGAUAGUGAUGAUGACAAUGACAAUGAUGAUACAGAGGAGGAAGAUAAUAAUCCUGUCAAGAAAAUCCCAGAUUCUCAUGAAAUUACACUCCAGCAUGGAACAAAGACAGUUUCUGCUUUGGGAUUGGAUCCUUCAGGUGCUCGUUUGAUAACUGGUGGAUAUGAUUAUGAUGUAAAAUUUUGGGAUUUUGCUGGAAUGGAUGCCUCUCUCCAAGCUUUUCGGUCACUCCAGCCUUGUGAAUGUCACCAAAUCAAGUCUUUGCAGUAUAGCAGCACAGGAGAUGUCAUUCUCGUUGUCUCUGGUAACUCUCAGGCAAAAGUUCUUGACAGAGAUGGCUUCCCGGUGAUGGAGUGCAUAAAGGGAGACCAGUACAUUGUGGAUAUGACAAACACAAAGGGUCACACAGCAAUGCUCAAUUCAGGCUGUUGGCAUCCAAAGAUAAAGGAAGAAUUUUUGACGUGUUCUAAUGAUGGAACUGUGAGGACUUGGGAUGUUAACAAUGAAAAAAAGCACAAAAGUGUAUUUAAGCCACGAUCAGUUCAAGGUAAACGGGUGAUUCCUACAACUUGCACAUACAGCAGAGAUGGGAAGCUUAUUGCAGCUGGCUGUCAAGAUGGCUCUAUCCAGAUCUGGGACAGGAAUAUGAGUGUACAUACAAAGUUCCACUGCAGACAAGCCCAUGCUUCAGGCACUGACACUUCCUGUUUGACAUUUUCCUAUGAUGGCACUGUCCUUGCCAGCAGAGGAGGAGAUGAUACUUUAAAGCUAUGGGAUAUUAGACAAUUUAAAAAACCUCUUAAUUCAGCAGAUGGACUGCCCAGCUUCUUUCCAAUGACAGAUUGUUGUUUCAGUCCAGAUGAUAAGAUCCUUGUCACAGGCACCUCUGUCAAGAAGGGUGGUGGCAGUGGGAAGCUGUUUUUCUUUUAUCGUGAGACCUUCCAGAAACUGUAUGAGAUAGAAGUUACAGAUGCGAGUGUUGUGCGUUGCCUUUGGCAUCCCAAGCUGAACCAGAUCAUGGUUGGUACUGGAAAUGGUUUAGCCAAAGUGUACUAUGAUCCUGUCAAAAGCCAGAGGGGAGCAAAAUUAUGUGUGGUCAAAACAAAACGAAAAGAGAGACAAGCAGAGACUCUCACGCAGGAUUACAUUAUAACACCCCAUGCACUUCCAAUGUUCCGUGAACCACGACAACGAAGCACGAGGAAACAGCUGGAGAAGGAUAGGUUGGACCCCAUGAAGUCUCACAAACCUGAACCUCCAGUAGCAGGAGCAGGUCGUGGUGGCCGUGUUGGGACUCACGGGGUCACCCUGUCAUCAUAUAUAGUCAAGAACAUUGCCCUGGACAAGACAGAUGACAGCAAUCCUCGAGAAGCCAUUCUACGUCACGCAAAGGAAGCGGAGGAAAAUCCGUACUGGGUGGCUCCGGCAUAUGCUAAAACGCAGCCAAAAACAGUUUUUGCAGAAGUGGAACCAGAAGAUGAUGAAACAGACAAGCCAGAGUGGAAAAAACGUAAAAUUUGAAAAAUAAUUUGUUUAAAGAAUAAUUUUGAGCAUUUGAAACAAGAUGAAACAUUUAUUUCUUUUUUUGAGAUAGUGGGUCAAAGUUUGAAAGCAAAUAUUACUUCCAUUUAUAGAACUUGCUGCAGUAUAAAAAGGGAUUGUUGAAUUACACUGGCUUAAUCCCACAUCUGAAUUUUGUAAUAAGGAAUUACUUAUAUUGUGCAAAUAACUUCUGUAUGUCAGUUACUUAGCUUUGUGAGUUAAGUGAAAAAAUAUUUCUUUAUAUAUAGUGAAUUCAUUAUAUUGCCAAGUGUUGGCGUUUUUUUCAUUACUGCCAACUUUACAAAUGCCAUGUCAUGACAAUGUUCAAUUAAUAUAAACAUCCAAAUAAAACAGUACAAUUUCUCAGA